AUGUAUGGCACCCCCCAUUCCGUUUCCGCUCCGAUGAAUGGGAUCGGAGGGGAUCUCGUCGACGGUUCGGGCACCAUCAAUCCUGCUGCUCUAAAUAAUACAAACGUACCUGUUGUUCUCCCAACGCCGCCAUACGGAGCAACAGAUCCCAGCGCCAUCCCUCGCGGUGUCAAGCGCGGUCGCACACCGGAACAACGCGGAGUCUCUCGCGAUGGGGACCCAGACGACGGAGACGAUCAAGGUCGUCGAAAACGAGGCCGACCUCCAAAGACUCCACGUCCUUCUACAGCCAGUGAUCAACCCCCAUCAGCAAGCUCUCAACAACUACAAACUCCCCAAAUGCAGCCCCAACAGUUGCAGCAAUCUCCCCCGAACGCCUCACCCCCGCUAGGCUCGCCUCCUGAGAAAACGACACCAUCCAAAGCUCCCUUGGUCAAAGCUCUCCCAACUGUGAGGGACCAUACUACCGAUCAGCUAAACGAGGAACGCGAUGAGUAUAUCGCCAAAGAGUUUGACGACGCUGGCGAGCAGAAAGUAGAUGCGAAUGGCUAUUUACAAGGUGAUCGCGAGUACAGGUGCAGGACGUUUACUGUACCACUGCGCGGGAAGAAGCUAUUUAUGCUGGCGACCGAGUGCGCGCGAGUUCUGUCUUAUAGGGACUCGUACCUACUUUUCAACAAGAAUCGGUCGUUGCACAAGAUCAUCGCCACCCAGAUCGAAAAGGAUGAUCUCAUUCAGCAGGAUAUCCUUCCAUAUUCCUACCGCUCGCGUCAGAUUGCCAUUGUCUCGGCAAGGUCGAUGUUUAGGCAGUUCGGCAGCCGAGUUAUUGUGAAUGGACGCCGCGUGCGUGACGAUUACUGGGAAAGCAAGGCUCGCAAACAGGGUUUCACCGAGGACGACCUCGCCGGUGAAAAGCGUCCAGGUGGCGCGAAGGCUCGCGAAGCUGCAGCCGAAGCUGCAAAUGCAGCCAACUUGUUGCCGACUCUGACACAUGGCGACGUAAUCUACAGCAAUGCGCUAGAAACGGUUCCCAGCAACCUGUCACUAGGAUCGGGCGGCUCUUUGUCGCAGCCUCUUCCGAUGAUCAAUAUGGCCACCACCACAGACGAUCCACGCUUAGGGGAAUACAACAGUAUGCCUCGACCUCGGCAAGAGCUGACUGGCCAGCCAUACCAAGACCGGUCACAGCCUAGCACCGCCGCAGAGAUCUUGAACCAGGCAACACACACGGCAGACUUCAACAAGAUCUUAACAUCUCAGCGCAACUACCGUCAAAAGGGCCUCGAUGAUUUCUUUUCCAAGCAGCGUGAUCCACCUGCGUCGACGGUGCAAUCGCAGCCUGGACAAAUUGAAGCCACUACAUCCGUUGCACAGCCUUUGCAGUCACCGCGACUAUCCACGGCUGGCGUUUUGGGCUCAACUCCAACACAGCCGAAUAUGAUGCCGCAGGCCCAAAUGAUGCCCAGCCAGGCCGGCUUCCAGCCGCCAACCAUGCAUCAGCAGGCCACAGUGGCACAGUCGCCCAUUCGUGCUAUGCCUCCUGUUCGACCCGACCUCAUGCAUCAGCGGACAAAUCCAGCUUUGGCGCCCCAGGUUGGGCCCUACGGUUUUCCCUCGCAACAGCAACACCAACAGCAGGUGUGGGGUCAGCCACCGCCGCAGCCUCAGGCUUCACCUUUAUCUUCCAAUCCACAGGGGAUUCCUCAAUACCCCUCUCAGUUACAGCAACAGCAACCGCAACCAGGAUCGCAGCCGCAGCAACCCCAGCACCAACAAUCUCCUUCUCCUCUUACCCACAAUCUGCAACAGCAACACCCAUCACAAUCUCCACGUAACCAAGUCCGACCGCCAGUGCCCCAGAUGCCACAGUCGUUUGCUAUGCACCACCCGCAGACUCCUCAGCAGCAGUCCAUGGCUUCCAUGGGCUUCCCAGGUGGAACCAACCCGUACCCUGGAAUGGCUGGGCGUGGGUUAUAUCCAUCGCAGCAUGCGCCAGCUGGUCAGCAGCAGUUUAUGCCGGGAACUCCUCAGCAACCUGGAAUGGGUAUGGGAAUGAAUCCAGCCAUGCCAGGAUGGCCCGGUCAACCAAUGCAACCUGGACAUCCACAGCCUGGCUGGUCUACAUAUUAA